CAAGGUGAUGUCCUUCAAGGUUUCUCUGCACAGAGGCCCCAGAGGUCUGGGGAGGUAACAUGGUGGGGUCUGGGGUCUCAGCUUUGGGCCUCUUCCUGCUCAUGCAGGGCUCAGUAGAUGCGAAUGGAAUCCAGGGAUUUUUCUAUCCAUGGAGUUGUGAGGGAGAUGUGUGGGACCGAGAGAGCUGUGGGGGUCAGGCAGCGAUUGAGAACCCCAACCUCUGCCUGCGCCUGCGAUGCUGCUACCGGGAUGGUGUGUGCUAUCAUCAACGGCCAGACGAAAACAUGCGCAGAAAGCACAUGUGGGCAUUGGGCUGGACCUGCGGCAGCCUGCUCUUUCUGAUCGCCAGUAUCUGCCUCUUCUGGUGGGCCAAGCGCCAUGACAUGCUGCACCUGCCACAAUUUCUGCAGGGGAAAUGCGACCUGUCACGCACAGUCUCCCUACUGUCUAAGGACCGACCAUCGGUCAGCAAGAAGUCAACCUCGAUUCCCACGCCUGUCUCAGUGCCCAUAGACGUGCCAGAUACCUCCGGAGGAGGCGGCGGCACUGAACCGGAUGCUACGGAAGGCGGGGAGGAAACAGAGGGAGGAGAUGAUGAUUAGGGGCAACCCCAUAGGACCCCUCAAUACAGACAUGGCAUAUAAA